CUGGAAACUGUAUAAACAAAAUUUAAAGUUAAGAUGAUUUUAGGUUUCAAUAUUUUAUUGCUUCUGCAGCUAUUGUUCCUAUUGCUGAGCAGUGGUCUCGGACAAAAUGGUGUGCUGCGGUCCGUAAACAAUUUGGUGUCCUUGCGACGACGUCGAAUUGACAACUAUAGAUUUGGUGCAGGACACAUAUGUGGUGGUGCGCUAAUUAAAAUUAAUAUGGUGUUGACUGCGGCGCAUUGUUUUGUAGACCAGUCCAAAUAUGAUGGCAGUUUGCUGCCUAUAACGGAUUUUAAAGUGAUCGUGGGAAAUAUGUUUCGAUAUGUACGAAGCAAUAUGUCGCAAUCGUUUCUUAUAGCCAAGCGUUUCAUGAUGCAGCAACAAUUUAAUCUAAGCAGUUAUGAACAGGAUAUAGCAUUAUUGUUGCUUGACAGUGACGCACCCGAUGCAUAUCUGUCAGACAAAGAUAUGAAUAAUUCGCUGAACUUGUCGCUUAAUAGCCGCUGUCAGCUGAUGGGAUGGACAAAUCGUGAGCGACUUAACGACAUGGAUCAGCAGAUUAUCCUAUCUGUGCAGUUGCUGAAAGCUAAAGACUGUAUGCGUCUAAGCAAUCUGACAUCACGGCAUCUGCUGCCGGGCCUAAAGUGUGCUGUGUAUCAAUCUGACAAUGAGACAACUAGUGAUAAAUGCAGCUGGGAUACUGGCACUGCACUUAACUGCGAGGGCAGGCUAAUCGGUAUCGUUAGUUGGGGCAGCAAGUGCAGCAAAUCGUUGCCCAUUUUAUAUACCGAUGUUGCUUACUACAAAGAUUGGCUGAAUGCAAGUAAGACUAAUAUGAGCCUUAGAUUUGAGAACAAGCAAGAAAGAACAAGCGAGGACAAGCAAGAAAAAGCUAACCAUCAAAUACGUAUUGCAGCUAGUAUAUAUAAGAUAAUAUCGUUGUUACCAAUCGCCAUCACGUACUUUUUGCUGUUCUGAGAGCAAUUGUUGAAAAGUACGAUCUAGUAGAUCAUAGAAUUAUAGUAGAUAAUAGUAGUAGAUCAUUUUGAAUUAUAAAAACA